AUGAAGGUAUUAGGAAAGCAAAAUGAAUUUAACAUAAAUCUUGAGGAUAAUUCAGAAGAACAGGCCAGUCCUUUAAAAAAUGUUGAAUAUGGAUGGGCAGGUUCUUCAAAGAGUAUAGAAUCGUCUAAAAAGAUUCUGCUUCUGAACGGGAUGAUAAUGGAAGAAGUAAAAGCUGAUACGAUAGCAGAAGUAGAAGCCGAUGUGAUAGCAAAAGUAGAAGCCGAUACAAUAGCAGAAGUAGAAGCCGAUAUGAUAAUAGAAGAAAUAAUAGAAAAAGUAGAAGCCGGAUGA